AUGAAAAGUGCAGUGGCGUGUGGAAAAUUCUCAGGUUUCAAAUUCAAUGCGGGCGAAGAAUGCUUUUCCCACCUACAAUACGCUGAUGAUACUUUGAUAAUUGAAACAAAUGGGUGGGGAAAUAUUCGAAUCAUUAAGGAAAAUCUGAUGCUAUUUGAAGUGAUAUCGGGUCUUAAGGUAAACUUCCAUAAAAGUCUACUAGUAGGUAUCAACAUAGAGCAUGAUUGGAUUAAAGAAGUGGCAGUUAUCCUAAAUUGUAAGGUGGGAAGCACACCUUUUAAAUACCUGGAUCUUCCAAUUGGAGCAAACCCGGGGAGGAAUUCGACGUGGCAACCAGUAGUUGAAAUAGUGAGAGCCAGGCUGGCAAGCUGGAAGCAUAAGAAGUUGUCCAUCGGAGUUCCGGUUAUUAUCAUAAAUUCAGUUUUGUCGGCUAUUCUAGUUUACUUUCUCUCUUUUUUCAAAGCUCCAACAGGUACCUUAUGUAAACUUGAGUCUCUUUUCAAGCAUUUUCUUUGGGGAGGGAGUGAGGACGAGAGGAAAAUAAAUUGGGAGAAAUGGGAAAAAAUGUGUAGACCUAUAGAAGAGGGGGGUUUGGGGAUAAAAAAAUUGAAGGCAUUCAAUGAUGCCCUUUUAGGCAAAUGGAUAUGGAAAACUAAUACAGAAAAGGAAAGUUUGUGGUAUAGAGCCCUAGUUAAUCGAUACGAGGCUUGUGAAGGAAUUAUUAGGCGCGAGGAUAACAACAGCUUGAUAUGGUGGAGGGACAUAAAGAUGUUAAAUGCAGGAAUAGGCGAGGGUGUUAACUCCUUUUCAGUCAAGGAGGCAUACAAGAAAAUUAUAUCGGGGAGCAUGGCCCCGGAUGAACCGUUUCUAGCAAAGGUUUGGAAAAAGUCAAUACCAAUAAAGGUGUCUUAUUUUGUAUGGAAAGCUCUUCAAAAUAGGGUAGCUACUAAAGAAAACCUAUACAGUACAUGUGGUUUAAUUAGUAGAUGGCUUGGGAUUUAUGUUGUAUUUCAAAAUGAAGGUCUACCCCAUCUUCUGCAUUUUGAAGGUCUGAUGGGAGUUGGGAGAAGUAUAGUUAGUAGGCUCAACAAUAUGGACCGCAAUGAUGUGGAACAUUUUGAAGGCGAGAAAUGA